AACACACACAUACAUGUGAGAGAGAGAGAGGAAAAACGAAGUUACCGUUCUUUAUUCAUCCAUUCACGAAGGAACAUGAUGAAUUAUUGAAUUUGAAUCGCAUAGUUUCAUAUCAUUCAUGCUUUCAAUGGCUGCUUCGAUAUGUGUAGCCUGAUCCUUCUUUUUGUUACCAUGUUCGAUGGUGUUUAUUUCGUUUGUUCUUCCGAUUCCGCGCAAUGACAUAGUUAUUCGAUUAAUAACUCAAUUCCCUUCACGAUUUUUCAAUCAAUAUGUGCGUGCAUUACGUCUCUGUAAUUGGGUUAAACCGUGGUUUACAUGGGGAGAUGCAAAAAUGUUGGAUACUUUUUUCCUUUAAAUAGUUUUCAAAUUGGGGAUUUGCAAUCAUAUCUUUCUGAUCUUACCCUUUUCUUGGCGCCUGAAAGCAAGACAUUUUACAUACUGGUGGACAAUCGACCAUGGCUGGAAGAUUUAGUCUCUGGUCCUGCACAGAUAUGGCAAUUAAUGGUUACAAAGUCCAGAAUGUCCCCUUUUGCAAUUACAAAAGGUCGAAAGGAUAAUAAAGAUGAUCCAGUGUUCAAUGAUCUCAACUAUUGUUCAACACCAUCAAACCGAGCUCAAAAGUUGAAAAGAUGGUUGUCAAUGUCAACACUUUCAAAAAAGAGGGUGUUGCUACCUGUAAAGAAACUCAGGAGUUCCUUAGUUGAAAACAGCAAAUUGCAUAGAACCCUUUAUGGAUUUAUUGUUUUUGAAGUUGUGUGGAAAGAUGUUCGUGGUGUCAAUUACUUGAAUGAAUUGCAGACUGAUACGUGUCUUGCUUUAGAGGCUAAAUCCAUGAGAAGAUGGGAAUUCGAUAGUAUAGCUCAAGCUGCUAAAUGCAUAACUUUAUGGCUUCCCGGGACUCCAUUUGAACGUCUUCUCUUGGAACAACAUCUCAAUUCUAUGAUAGGAGAAGCAUUUCAUGAUGCGGGUACCGAUACCCCUAGCACAUGUAGUUCAAGUGAUGACGAAAACAUCUCAAAAAUCGAAGUAUUAUCAGAAGAUGAUAAUCCAUAUAGUCCAAAUCACUCAGAAAAAUUAGAAGAUCAAACAAAUAUUUCAAACACACCCCCUCCAAAUAUCAAUAACGACGAAAAAACCCCAUAUCCCGAAAUAGAAGACCAAACAAAUAUUUCAAAUACACCCCUUACUGAUACCGACAAUAACAAUGACAAUAACAAUGACAAUGAUAAUGACAAUGACAAUGACACUGACACUACCAGCUGUCAGAUACCCUCUCCAUCUCCAAGCGAAUGUGUAGAAUCAACCGACCCUGAUCAAUACAUAGACGUACUAUUAUUAUUCCGUUUUAAUGAUCUUCACCUUCCAUUUGAAUUACGAAAAAUAAUAAUGUCGGAUUUAAGAUUACUUACAUUGUUAGAAGCCGGACUUCCAUCUUGGGUUAUUUUUUUCCAAUCUUACCCUGUAUUUUGUCAUCUAUAUCGACCAUGGAUGUGUCCUUUAGCACGUGCGUUGUAUGUUGCGAUUUCGUUUGUAACGGUUGUAAUUGGCUUCUAUGACUUGUACAAAAACGUACCACUUCUUAAAGCAACGGCUUCACGUUUGUUUGGACCUUUGUUUGAUUGGAUUGAAACAUGGGAGAUGGUGUCUAGGAUUAAGUAUUUGGGUACGAUGUUGUUUUUGCAUAAUGCGGAGAAAGCUAUCAUGUGGUUUUUGAUGGUGACGAGGACGAUUCGGUCACUUGUUUCGGUUCUUACGCAACCGUUGGUUGCACCGGUUCUUUUGAUUUUGGAUGUUUUGUCGCCGUUGUGGAACGUUGUUAUUGAAUUUGGUGAUGGGUUGUUUUCAAUUGUUGGGAUUCUUCUAGAAACUUCUUGGAAUCUAGUUGACAGUCUUGUUGAUGUUCUUUUGCUUCCGAUUUGGUACAUCUCGUCCGUUGUUUCCAAUUUUGCAACAACUGUUAUGUCCCCAAUAUUCUUGUGUCUUUGGGGAGCAAUCUAUGCACCAAUUCACCUCAUUCUGAAAUUAUCCAACUUUUUGGGAUUUAUAUAUAAAUACAUGUAUAAUUUUGUUGGAGGUAUAUGGCUGUUUGUAAGCAGUUUUGUAAAAGUUGCUUCAACUGCUGAAGCAACUGUGAAAACUUAUGAGGUUUCCAUGUGGCGCACCCUCUGGAAUGACCUUUUUUCUCAGGUUUUUCGUGCUAUAAAGAGCAUUUUAUAUGGUGUUGCUGCGUUCUUUGCAGCUUGCAAUAGACACAGAUUAAGUAUAUACAACCAUUUACGGGAGUUUAUACGAAGACUUUAUCAGCCUAUGCAAAGAUCAGAGCCGGAAUCGAGGGAACGAAGGAUGUUACCUAAUAAAAGCACGAAACAGAGUUGACAAAAGUUUAUUAUAGGUUUAUCAAGAAUUGUAUAUUUUGUUGUUAUAGAAGAAGAUUUAAUGAUAGGGAGAUGUAUAUAUAAUGGUUGAAUUUGUAUAUACUGUGUAUUCUUUUUUAUUUUAUAGGAAGAUGUAAAUAUAAUGUUAGGUCACUUCA